CAGGCACUCGCUCACGACAUACACUCUCUCUUUUUGUUUCCAAAACCCUAAUUUUUUAGUUUCUUAGAGGUUGUAGCAGCCACCUCUAAAACCCUAGAACUUUCGUCGUCUCAGCAAGUCCAGUCUACUUGUUCAGAUGGGUAAAUCCACCAAGAAAUCGGCCACCAAAGUUGCAGCUCCUGCUGCUGUAGCCCCACCUACCAAAUCUGUAAAGAAAGGUAAGAGAGAGGCCGAAGAGUCGAUAGAGAAGCAAGUGACAGCCAAAAAGCCGAAGAUAGAUGUUGGGGUAGAGCAGGCGAUUGAAAAGAAGAAAAGCGAGGCGAAAAAGACAAAGAAGCCUAUUAGCAAGAAAGAGGAAACCAGUUCUUCAGAGGACACCGAUUCCUCAGAUUCUGAGGAAGAACAGAAGGUUAAGGUCCCAGCUAAGAAGGUCACAAUUCCAGCAAAGGCCGUCGUUAAAGAAGAAUCUUCUAGCAGUGAAGAAUCAUCUUCUGAUGAAGAACCUGCUGUCAAAAUAGUGGUGGUGCCUUCCAAGAAACAACCAUUGGCUGCGUCUAGAAACGGUGGCAAGAAUUCUAGUAGUUCUGAUUCUUCAGAAAGUGAUUCGGAGGAGGAUGAAGAGCCAAAUAGCAAGGUUACAGUUCCUUUAAAAAAGGUGCCUGUAGCUGCAGCUAAGAACGGUCCAUUUGCAGCUUCUAAGAAGAAAGAUGCAUCGAGUGAUGAUUCAGAUUCAGAUGACAGCAGCAGCGACUCAGAUGAUGAUAAGCAGAAGAACACAGUCAAGGUGCCUUCGAAAGUGCCAGCCGCAAAAAAUGGUUCUGUUGGGGUUCUUCAGAAGAAAGAAGAGUCAACUGAGAGUUCUGAUGAUGAAAACUCAUCAGAUGAAGAAGAUGAAGAAAAUGUUGCACCACCAAAAAAGAAAGUGGAGUCUAGUGAUAGCUCCUCUGACAGUGAGUCCGAGGAAGAAAAGGCCCCCGUGACAAAAGUUGUUCCUUCAAAAAGGCCAUCUUCCACAACUGUAACAAAGGAAUCAAAACAGAAAAAGGCUAACCUUGAAGAAGAUGACAGUGAUGAUGACAGUUCUGAGGAAAGUGAAGAUGAAGAGCCUCAAAAGAAAAAGAUGAAAGCCCCGCCUACCCCAGUUUCAAAGAAAAGCGACAGUUCUGAGGAGGGUUCUUCUGAGGAAGAGUCUUCCGAGGAGGUAGAAGAGAUUCCUUCCAAGACUACAAAGAAAAAUCCUACCCAAGUUCUAAAGAAAAGCAGUUCUGAGGAGACUUCUUCAGGUGAAGAAGAUUCCGAGGAGGAAGAGGAGCAGCAGCCUACCAAGACUCCAAAGAAAAAUGACAGGGAUGUAGAAAUGGUAGAUGCUGCGCUGUCGAAGUCGGAGACCAAGAAAGCUCCAAAAAGUCCUGCCACUCCUCAAGUUCAAAACGCAGAAGGAUCAAAAACACUGUUCAUUGGCAACUUAUCCUAUUCUAUUGAACAAUCUAUUGUGGUGGAUUUCUUUAAAGACGCUGGAGAAGUUGUUGAUGUCCGCUUUGCAGUUGAUAAAGAGACUGACAGAUUGAAGGGCUUUGGCCACGUUGAGUUUGCCACAGUAGAAGCUGCUCAAAAGGCUAUGGAGUUGAACAAUCAAGAUCUCUUAGGUCGUCCUGUGAGACUUGAUUUUGCCAAGGAAAGGGGCUCGUACACUCCAUUUAGCGGGAACGAGAGAAACUCGUAUCAGAAGGGAGGGAGAGCUCAAGGACAAACAGUAUUUAUACGAGGUUUUGAUAAAGAGGGUGGCGAGGAUAAGAUUAGGAGUGUGCUGGCGCAACAUUUUGAGUCCUGUGGAGAGAUUUCAAGGGUAUCCAUUCCACAAGAUGACAAUGGUGUUAAAGGGAUUGCUUACAUGGAAUUUAUGGAUGGUGAGGCUUUCAACAAAGCUCUGGAGCUUAAUGGAUCUGAACUUGGAGACUAUCCUUUGACUGUUGAAGAGGCAAAGCCAAGAGAUGGUGGUGGUGACAGAGGUGGUCGUGGUGGAAGGAGUGGAGGCAGGGAUAGUGGUGGUCGGUUUGGCGGUAGACGUGGUGGUGGACGAGGUGGUGGUGGCCGUUUUGGAAGUGGUGGUGGCCGUUUUGGAAGUGGUGGUGGUGGCCGUUUUGGUGGUGGUAGUGGUGGCCGUUUUGGUGGUGGUGGUGGUAGAGGACGUGGAGCAUUUACUAGUACAGGAAAGAAGACAACAUUCGGUGAUGAUUAGGAUCCUUCAAGGAGGGUAUUGAAGAUGCCUGUUCUGGUUUUGUUUACUAGUUUUUUUUUUUUUUUUUUGGUUCUCCUUAUAGUACCUAUUUUAUUCUUUUCAAGUUUUGAUGAGAGACAAUGUGAUAUUUUGCCCAUGUGGAUUUGACUUCCACUUGGGUUUGCGUUCAGUAACUCUAGGGUAAUAUAGCCAAAAUGUUCCUAUUAUAUUUCGUUCUUGCAUUUGGUAUCUGUAGCUUUUGGUGAUUAUUCUUCUAAGCUAUAUGAGAAAUUUUAUGCCUGUUUUGAUUA